AGUCAGGGCGGCAGAGCAGAACAAACAUGCCGGCAAUCUCUUGCAUGCAUCAGUCGGUCAUUCCCUUUGAUCAAACGCCGCAGCGAGCCUUGCCCCGCUCCCCGACUGCAGCCGAUAUCCAUUCAGCCGAAGAAGAGCCGCCAGUGCGUCUUGCCUCGAUGAGAACCACACCCGCACAAACGCCUCGCGACUCCCAGUUCUGAAAGGCUGCACUAGCGUCGCUCUCAGCCCGUCAGCCAGCCGCUGAAACUCUGGAUCUGUCCCAAACGCAUUAUCCGACUCGGCUGCACUGGUUGGCUGCUCGAUCUGGACUCUGAGCGUGUGUGUGGUGGGCUCUUGUGCUGGUGCGGGUGCCGACGUGCUGCUGCUGCUGCUAGGAUGGGUGGGCUGUCUGCUGUCGUCUUGUUGCAGUGAAUCCAGCAAGGCCUGGAGAACUCGGCUUUUGGCCAGCCAGUGGGGAACGAGGGCCUCCACCUCCUCCAUUGACGCCUCGGCGCGACAGAUGGCGCAUCGAAAUGCCUUCCUCUCGAGCUGUGAAGGAUCGAGCAGGCCGGCCUCCACGGCAGCCAGAUGCUCGAGAUACUCUGAGGUCUCCUUCUCCCACGCACGCCUGCCGGCCUCAGUGCCAAACCACCAGGACACAAGGCACUCUCUGUGGUGGAGGUGCAGACAGGAGCCGAUGCGGACAAUCGCUGAAAGGAGGUCCUCCUCCUGGGCGUCGUCUUGGUGCUGUUGUUGUUGGUCGUCGUCACGCAGGGGCGUCAUGCAGAUCGGACAGUCGCCUUUAAGCGCAGUGGCCUGCAUUGCAGUCACCCUCUCGUUGAGAGCUGCCACCAGGCCGAACAAAGAGGCGUCAUCGUCGCCUGAGAGGAAGGCCUCACAGAUCCCCAUCAACUCGUCCUCCUGGACCUCGUCAAUGCCGCGUGAGUUGAUUAGCUUGACGGACAGUACGUGGCUGGACGGGCUCCACCGGCACUCAAGCACCACUCGAACCAGUUGCUAUGACAAGCAAACGAGGAGAGAGAAGCCAUGGAUCGAUCAGCAAGCCAGUGUGUGUCCGCCAUAAUUCCUGAGGGUGCAGCAGGCAGCUGCAUAUGUGCGUGCGUACCUUCUUGUGAUCCCCGGCCGUGUAGGGGUAGACGUCCACUUUGAAGUGCCGCACGGGCGGCCCGUCGACAGCCGCGUAGACGUCUUCGUAAGUGCUCUCAAUGAACUCUCGCUGCGUGUCAUACACGUCCUGCUCCACCACUAUCGACACCUCCUUCAUUUCACACCGAACGGUGGGGCGUGUCGGAGAGCCACGCAAUGACUCGUCGAGGAUUUUUGAGCGAUGAGUCUUCUUGGCAGAUCUGUGCCCAGCAAUGACCUUCCAGAACAAAGGAAAAGGGAGGCCAAACGCUGCGG